CUUACUUCAGCAAAGAGCGGAUGAUGAUCCUGCAUUCUUCUACAGGCUGAAAUUUGGGGAACAUAACAACAUUGUCAGCUACUUUUGGCGAGAUUCAAUGAUGUUGGAGGACUUCAAAGCAUAUGGAGAUGUUAUGAUAUUUGACACAACAUAUAGGACAAACAAAUAUGGACUGAUAUGUGCACCAUUUGUUGGCAUAAAUUGCCAUUGGAAAACAACAAUGUUUGCAUGUGCUUUCAUAACUAAUGAAAAGGAAGAGAGCUUUGAAUGGCUACUAGAAACAUUCAAGAGAGCAAUGUGCCAACAAGAGCCAAAGACAAUUUUCACUGAUCAAGAUAAGGCAAUGGGCAAUGCAAUUGAAAAGGUUUUCCCAAAUACAAGACAUAGGCUUUGCCUUUGGCAUAUAGAGAAGAACUUUGUAAGCCACUUCGGAUCCCUCAAGACCAAUGAAGACUUCAAGAACAUGUUCAAGAACUGUUUGAUGGGGUGUCAAAAUGAAUCAGGCUUUGAAGAAUUGUGGGCGAAAAUGAUGGAAUUGUAUGGACACGAGAAAAAGGAAUGGUUCGAGCAAGUAUAUGAUCAGAGACACAAGUGGUGCACCGCAUUAAAUAGGGAUAUGUUUUCAGCUGGAAUCUUAUCAUCACAAAGAAGUGAAGUCACAAAUAAGGCAAUAUCAUUCAAUGCAAAACAACAACAAACCUGUUUGAAUUCUAUCAUAUAUUUGAGCAAACAGUGAAAAGAUGGAGAAGCAAUGAAACUAGUGACAACUUCCGGAACAGAACUGAACGUCCCAAAGCCGUCAAAUCCAAAUCAAAGCUUCUGAAACAUGCAGCUGAUGUAUACACACUAGCACUGUAUAAUGACUUUGAAACAGAGUAUGAGUGGGCAAUGGCAUCAUUUUUACGAGCAUUUGCAACAGAAAACUCACAGCUGAAGUUGUUUGAAGUCUCACCAGAAGAAGA